UCUGUUUUCUGUUUACAAGCCUGAAGAUGGCUGCUGCUUCUUCCUGCAAUGUGGAAGAAGACGAGAGCCUGAAGGGAUGCGAACUCUAUGUUCAGAAGCACAACAUCCAACAGAUUUUAAAGGAAUGCAUUGUAAACCUUUGCAUAGCAAAGCCAGACCGACCCAUGAAGUUCCUCAGAGAACACUUUGAAAAAUUAGAAAAGGAAGAAUGCAAACAAAUACUGGCUCGGCAGAAAUCCAGUUCCCAGUCUGAUUCUCAUGACGAUGAGAUUUCCCCUCCUCCUCCCAACCCAGUAGUAAAAGCCCGACGCAGGAGAGGGGGGGUCAGUGCAGAAGUGUACACUGAGGAAGAUGCUGUUUCUUACGUCAGAAAGGUUAUUCCAAAGGACUAUAAGACUAUGACUGCUCUGGCAAAGGCCAUCUCCAAGAACGUGCUCUUUGCUCAUCUUGAUGACAAUGAGCGAAGUGACAUAUUCGAUGCCAUGUUCCCUGUCACACACAUCGCAGGAGAAACAGUCAUACAACAGGGUGAUGAAGGAGACAACUUCUAUGUGAUUGACCAAGGCGAGGUGGAUGUUUAUGUCAACGGGGAAUGGGUCACCAGUAUCGGAGAAGGAGGCAGCUUUGGGGAACUGGCGUUGAUCUAUGGAACACCCCGGGCUGCCACCGUCAAGGCCAAGACAGAUCUUAAGCUCUGGGGCAUCGACAGAGACAGCUACAGACGCAUUUUGAUGGGCAGCACGCUGAGAAAGCGGAAGAUGUAUGAAGAAUUCCUGAGCAAGGUCUCCAUUUUGGAGUCCCUGGACAAAUGGGAGCGGCUGACAGUGGCUGAUGCACUGGAACCUGUCCAGUUUGAAGAUGGAGAAAAAAUUGUAGUGCAGGGAGAGCCCGGUGAUGACUUCUUCAUUAUUACAGAG